AUGGAUAAUGUUAGGGCUGGAUGGCUAGUGAAACAAGGGGGAAGUUGGAAGAGUUGGAAAAAGCGCUGGUGUGUCUUAACACCGACGGGGAUGAUAUUUUAUUUUAAAGAUAAAAAGGAUGUGAACAGCUUAGGGUGUGUUGAUGUGAAUUCUGCGUCGGAGGUCUUAGUUGAAGAUGAGAAGAAAAAAAAUUGCUUUGGGAUAGUGACACCCAAUCGUACUUUUUUCAUGGCUGCAGAGUCCUCAGAAGAGCGGGACAAUUGGAUCCAAAGUGUUUCUCGUUUUCUGAAAACAAAGACGGGGACUACACAACCUUCCAAAGCUGAAGGUCAACCGCAAGCCGUUGUAGAUGGACAAGGGCAGAAAAAGAAGACGGUUGAUGACUUUGAAAUGCUAUCAUUAAUAGGAAAGGGGUCUUUUGGUAAAGUGAUGCAAGUGAAAGAGAAGGAGACUGGGAAAGUUUAUGCGAUGAAGAUCUUGAAUAAGUCGCAUAUUAUUGAUAAUAAUGAAGUCGAACAUACAAUGGCAGAGAAGAGUGUGUUAUCCAAAUCUAAGAAUCCAUUUUUGAUGCAAAUGCACUACUCCUUCCAAACUGGUGAUAAGUUAUACUUCAUUCUCGACUUUGUCAAUGGCGGGGAACUGUUCUCUCAUUUACAACGGGAGCACCGGUUCUCUAUUGAACGAACGCGAUUUUAUGCUGCGGAGUUAUUAAUUGGAUUGAAAUAUCUUCAUGAUGCGGGGAUUGUAUACCGUGACUUGAAGCCUGAAAACAUCUUAUUAACAGACGACGGUCAUAUUUGUAUUACCGACUUUGGACUGUGUAAAGAAGGGUUGACUGAUAAAGACCAAACAAAUACAUUCUGUGGAACACCGGAAUACUUAGCGCCAGAAAUCUUGUUGGGGAAUGGAUAUGGCUUUGCUGUUGAUUGGUGGAGUUAUGGCACUUUAAUCUAUGAAAUGUUAUUGGGACUGCCACCCUUCUUUGAUAAUGACGUCCAAACGAUGUAUCAGAAAAUAGUCUCGGACGACGUUCGAUUCCCGAAAAACACGCCGCCGGCUAUUAAAGAUUUUGUCGCCGCGUUACUCCAGAAAGACCCAACAGAUCGGUUGACCGACCCGGAUGUGAUGAUGAAGCAUCCCUUCUUUAAAAACAUGGACUUCGACUUAGUGCUUGCAAAAAAGAUCAAACCGCCAUUCAUACCAAACGUGACAAGUAAAGAUGACACUGCAAUGAUCUCGGAGGAAUUCUUGGAAGAGACACAAGACGCUAUUAAUGAGGAGAAACAAUCUGUUCCGAGGAAUGGAGGAGUCGACUUCUCGGGGUUUACAUACGUCAGUAAGUAA